AUGGGCCGACCAAAGCGAAAUAUUGUCGCUGCAGCCGAAGAAACCUCUACCCCACCAUCAGCUUUAACACCUACCCAAUCCAUCGCUCGAGUUAUCAAAGCCGAAGGAAACAGCCUGUACUCCUGCUCUCUGCCAAACCAAAAAACCGUCUUAGUCGAGUUACCGUCGCGAUUUCGAAAUACAAUUUGGAUCAAACGCGGAGGAUACGUUUUGAUCGACACGAAAGAUGCCGAUGUGAGGCAGAAUAAGAUCAAUGGUGAGAUCGUGAAUGUCGUCCGUGAUGAGCACGUAUGGAGAAAGGAGUCAUAUUGGCCCAAGGAAUUCCCUAAAAGCUCUGCAUACCCUGAAGACUCGGACGAGGAAGAAUCAACGGUUGGCAAGAUGCCCCCAUCAGACUCGGAAGACGAAGACGAAUAA